GGAUGUAGAUGACAGAGAUCACGUCGAAAAGUCUACGUCCAUUCGUCGCGGAAGGACGAAUUCAGAAGCUACUUCAGUUCGCAAUUGAACUUGUAUUAAUGCUGAAAAUGCAUUAAUAAUGUAAUUAAUAAUUAUUUUAGUUUACAAUUUAGAUCGUUAUUCUUUUAUGACAUUCCGCUGAUCAUGUUUCAACCGUCAUCGAAGUUUCAAGGAAGAGCUAAGGGCAAAGUGCGGAAAAAAUGGCGGCUGUUUCACGCGACGGAUUUUCAAUCUCUGAUGUAUCCUUGUUUUCUCUUCUGCCGGAUUCUUGGAAUAUUUUCGUAUAAGAUCAACGGUUCAACCUUCGAGGUCUCCAGACCACGUUAUAUCUUGUCGACUGUUGUCUUCUGUGUCUUCUGCGUUUAUGGAUUGACGAUGCUCUAUGAGAUCGAUAUCACCGGAAGGAUCAAAUUCUCUGGCGUACCUGGAGCUCUUCAGGGUAACUGCUAUUACUUGUUAGGCAGUUUUAUAAUGAUCGUCACGUACAUCCUGAGUGGUCCGCGAAUGCGUCUGCUCCAGACUGUGUUGGAUAUCUCGUCAAGACUGCCUCCAGAAACAUAUGAGAAGCUCUCUAGGCUAAUCCACGCCAAGGACAUUGUCGGUUUCAUCUUUCUAAUCGGACAAGCGCCGAACUGUUACACCGCAAAUUAUCUUGACAUCCUAAUCAACGUCUUUGCGCUAUAUAACACUCUGAUAGUCUUUCUAAUGGAUAUGAUGUAUAUGAAUUGCGUUUGUGUAUUGAAGGCUUGUUUCAAGAAGAUCAACGAAAAUUUGGCAAACCUGCGGGAACUCGUGAUAAAUGAUGAACCGCAUCUCCUUAGACGGAUCUAUCAUGAGCAGAGAAAUCCGUUCCUAUUGAUGGAACUCAAGGCUCUGAAGAAACGGCAUCUGAUAGUCAGCGAUGCGGUACAGAUGUUGAACGUGAUUUUCAGUUUACAGCUGCUCGCUACCAUAGUCAUGACCUUCUCCGACAUCACUUUCAGCCUAUACUUUUAUAUAGUGCAACGACAAAGAGGCGUACCUCUUGUCGAUUUGGAAAAACAAAUCUGGUACUCGUAUUACAUCACAUCCGUCUUGUAUUACUCUACGAAAUUAGCGUUAAUAGUGUGGGCUUGCGAAACUGGCAAGGACCAGGCUUUGGAGAUUGGCACUACCGUUCAUGAAGUGCUUAUCAACACCAGCGAUAAGCAGAUCAAAGAUGAGUUACAGCUGUUUUCUUUGCAAAUACUGCAUCGAGAAAAUACAUUCUCUGCUAAGGGUCUCAAUGUGGACGCGACACUCCUCACUGCAAUAGUGGGUAGCAUCACUACGUACUUAUUAAUCUUAAUACAAUUCUUAUACACGUCGCAUACUUGCAGCGGAAAACCUCCACUCAAUAUCACCCAUAUAAUUUAA